AUGGCCGGUGGAAAAGGUGGUAAAGGUAUGGGUAAGGUCGGAGCCAAGAGACACUCCAGAAAGUCCAAUAAGGCUUCCAUUGAAGGUAUUACUAAGCCCGCUAUCAGAAGAUUAGCUAGAAGAGGUGGUGUUAAGAGAAUUUCCUCUUUCAUUUAUGAUGACUCCAGACAAGUCUUGAAGUCUUUCUUAGAAAACGUUGUUAGAGAUGCUGUUACUUACACUGAACACGCCAGAAGAAAGACCGUCACUGCUAUGGACGUCGUCUACGCUCUUAAGAGACAAGGCAGAACCCUCUAUGGUUUCGGUGGUUGA